CAGUCAGUGAGUGAAUGAAUGGAAAUAGCACUCUUAUAAUAUCCCUAAAGAGUGUAAUUAAGAGUGCUUCUCUCUCAAGUUUGACCUAUACGCUCGGUAUCUAUGGUCCCACUAGAGCAGGCCAUCAGCAUUGUACGGGAGCUAAGUGCCAUGGAAGUGAUCGAGCCCUUCGCCGCCUUCUUCGAGGUGGAGAUCAACAUCAACUCAGUCAAGCCCCCCAAGUGGACCCUGAAUGGUGUGGCCAUGCAAGACAGCGCUGACUUGGAGAUGGAGAAGGAGGGCUCCAUGCACCGCCUCACCUUCAAGAAGACCAAGGCCUCCAUGACAGGACCUGUCCAGUUCAGUGCUGGCAAGAGCAAGUCUGUGUCCCAGCUCACUGUCAAAGGUCAGAGGCUCCUCACACAGAGAACCAUAUUCCCAGUGGAUAUAACUGGUUGAAAUGACGUUAUUACAACCAGAUUACAACCAAAACUGGGUUAGGAGCAUGUUACAUGACUUGCCUAUGAUCAGAGCAGUUUGCAUGUCUUUUUGUCUCGACUACAGAGCGCCCUCUUGAGGUUGUAGAGCCCAUUAAGGAUGUGACAGCCAAAGAGAAGGGCUCAGCCACGCUGAGCUCCAAGUUCUCCACCGCACCCAAAGAGGUGAGCUGGUUCAAAGGCCAAACCCUCCUGGCGACAUCAGACAAGUACAGUCUGAAACAGGACGCUGUGCGGGCUAAGCUGACCAUACAGAAGCUGACUGAGGAAGACACUGGGGAGUACCGCUGUCAGUCGACUGCUGCCGAGACCAAAGCCACUCUCACUGUAGAGUGUAUGUUUUGUAUUGCUUUUUGGUGUUGAUUUGACUUCAAUGCUAUUUGCUUUGCUGAGCAAUGAUGGUUCAAAUGAGAUUCCAUCCUCUUAACUUAAUCCAAAUCCAUGGUACAAUGAUGAUGUGUGCUGUGGUUUAUCACAGUUCGGAAAGUGGAGAUAACCAAGCAACUGGUGGACACUGAGGUGGAUGAGGACAGUGAUGCAGUGUUCACCUGUGAGCUCAACUACGCUGAUAAGGAGGUGCAUUGGCUGCUCAAUUUACAAAGUACUCUUCUCCAACGAAGUCAACACCAUCACUCAGGUGGGCAAAAUGCACACGCUCACACUCAAGAACCCGGCACCUGAGGAUGGCAGCACCAUCACCUUCAAGGUCAGGGAGGUCAAGGAGGCUGUGACCCUAAAGGUCAAAGAGAAGUGUGCAGUGUUCCUCAAGUCUCUGGAUGACGUGGUGGGAGAAGUGAAAGGUAUGAUCACCCUGACGUGUGAGGCAUCUAAGCCCAGGGUCUCCCCCACCUGGAGGAAAGAUGGUACGGUCCUGACCGCUGGGCCUAAGUAUGAGGUACUGCACACAGGCAAGUCCCUGGGUCUGAUCGUCAAAGCAGUUACCAAGGAAGACACAGGGGAUUACAGAUGUGACCUGGGAACUGAGCUUUCCAAGUCAAAGGUCACUGUGAGAGGUGUGUUUGACGACACAGCAUAAUUUGCGAACAAAUGAGUAUAGUGCGCUGAAGCCUCUACAGCAAUUU